AUGGACGGUAUCCGGCUCGUUGGGCAACAUCACGGACCACGCAUGGGCUUUACCGCUGCGUCGCUGGGCAGCAACCGCCGUAUUGGGCCAAAACGGAGCCAGGCAGACGAGCUUUGCAGACCGCAACUUGCAUCCUCCGCCAGUCCUAUGAGUGCCGAGAUUGCUGAAUACCGUAAAAUCUUUGCCUUUGUGGGGUACUUGACCACGAAUCUCGCCUGUCUGUGCCAGUAUCUACUCGAUGAGAAGGAAUGA